ACUCCAGCCUGGGCAAUAAGAGUGAGACUCCGUCUCAAAACAAAACAAACCCACAUAUACCAUGUUUCUUAACCACGUCUCAUAAAAAUGAUACUUUGUACUGUUGAGGACUUUCUUUUUCUUAUUUUUACCUUAUAUCCUCAUAUCUCUGCUUUGCAUUACAUUGCAACCAACCUAAAACUGACUUUUUUUAUUGGAGGCGCUUCGUCUCUCUUACUGGUAUGUGACACACCAUAAAGUUUCAAAUUUGUGCUAACCCUUCCAUAUGAUACUUCUUUUUAAGUAAUUUAACUGUCCUGUAAUUCUUCGCCUUUAUACCAAAUGUGCCUUUUUUUUUUUUUUUUUUUAACUUUCAAAGGAACCAAUUUGGAAUUGAAAAUAAAUGAAUCUAGAGUUGAAAUACCAAUUGCAAGCCUUUUUGUAUUUUUUUUUUUUUUUUAGGAAAAUGUUUUUUCUGAAAGUGUUUUCCUUUUCUUUUUUGGGGACUCUGUCAUGCCAGGUUGAGAGAGUGGCGACUUCUAUAAGACAUGGAUAGAUGCAAACAUGUAGGGCGGUUACGGCUCGCCCAGGACCACUCCAUCCUGAACCCUCAGAAGUGGUGCUGCUUGGAGUGUGCCACCACCGAGUCCGUGUGGGCCUGCCUCAAGUGCUCACACGUGGCCUGUGGCCGAUACAUUGAGGACCACGCCCUGAAACACUUUGAGGAGACUGGACACCCGCUAGCCAUGGAAGUCUGGGAUCUCUAUGUGUUCUGUUACCUGUGCAAGGACUACGUGCUCAAUGAUAACCCGGAGGGGGACCUGAAGCUGCUGAGAAGCUCCCUCCUGGCGGUCCGGGGCCAGAAGCAGGACCUGCCGGUGAGACGCGGGCGGACGCUGCGGUCCACGGCUUCGGGCGAGGACGUGGUCCCGCCGCAGCGCACUCCUCAGGGACAGCCGCAGAUGCUCACGGCUCUGUGGUACCGGCGCCAGCGACUGCUGGCCAAGACGCUACGGCUGUGGUUCGAGAAGAGCUCCCGGGGCCAGGCGAAGCUGGAGCAGCGGCGGCAGGAGGAGGCGCUGGAGCGCAAGAAGGAGGAGGCACGGCGACGGCGGCGCGAGGUGAAGCGAAGGCUGCUGGAGGAGCUGGCCAGCGCCCCUCCGCGCAAGAGUGCCCGGCUGCUCCUGCACGCGCCCCGCGACGCGGGCCCGGUCGCCACACGCUCCACUGCCCUUCCUACCUCACGCAGAGCAUCCGCUGCUGCGCUCAAGCUGCGUCGCCAGCCUGCUGUGGCCCCGGGCGUCACGGGCCUGCGCAACCUGGGCAACACCUGCUACAUGAACUCCAUCCUCCAGGUGCUCAGCCACCUCCAGAAGUUCCGAGAAUGUUUCCUCAACCUUGACCCUUCCAAAACGGAACAUCUGUUUCCCAAAGCCACCAACGGGAAGACUCAGCUUUCUGGCAAGCCAACCAGCAGCUCAGCCACGGAACUGUCCUCGAGGAGUGACAGGGCCGAGGUGUGCGAGCGGGAGGGCUUCUGCUGGAACAGCGGGGCCUCCAUCAGUCGGAGCCUGGAGCUCAUCCAGAACAAGGAGCCGAGCUCAAAGCACAUUUCCCUCUGCCGUGAACUGCACACCCUCUUCCGAGUCAUGUGGUCUGGGAAGUGGGCCUUAGUGUCGCCCUUUGCCAUGCUUCACUCAGUGUGGAGCCUGAUCCCUGCCUUCCGUGGCUAUGACCAACAAGACGCUCAGGAGUUUCUCUGCGAGCUGCUCCACAAAGUGCAGCAGGAGCUCGAGUCUGAGGGCACCACACGCCGCAUCCUCAUCCCCUUCUCCCAGAGGAAGCUCACCAAACAGGUCUUAAAGGUGGUGAAUACCAUAUUUCAUGGGCAGCUGCUCAGUCAGGUCACAUGUAUAUCAUGCAAUUACAAAUCCAAUACCAUUGAGCCCUUUUGGGACCUGUCCCUGGAAUUCCCUGAACGCUAUCACUGCAUAGAAAAGGGGUUUGUCCCUUUUAAUCAGACAGAGUGCUUGCUCACUGAGAUGCUGGCCAAGUUCACAGAGACAGAGGCCCUGGAAGGGAGAAUCUACGCUUGUGACCAGUGUAACAGCAAACGACGAAAAUCCAAUCCCAAACCCCUUGUUCUGAGUGAAGCUAGAAAGCAGUUAAUGAUCUACAGACUACCUCAGGUCCUCCGGCUGCACCUUAAAAGAUUCAGGUGGUCUGGCCGUAAUCAUCGAGAGAAGAUUGGGGUCCAUGUCGUCUUUGACCAGGUAUUAACCAUGGAACCUUACUGCUGCAGGGACAUGCUCUCCUCUCUUGACAAAGAGACCUUUGCCUAUGAUCUCUCCGCAGUGGUCAUGCAUCACGGGAAAGGGUUUGGCUCAGGACACUACACAGCCUAUUGCUACAACACAGAGGGAGGUUUUUGGGUCCACUGCAAUGACUCAAAGCUGAAUGUAUGCAGUGUCGAGGAAGUAUGCAAAACCCAGGCCUACAUCCUUUUUUACACUCAAAGAACAGUGCAGGGCAAUGCAAGAAUCUCAGAAACCCAUCUCCAAUCUCAGGUGCAGUCCAGCAACAACGAUGAAGGCAGACCACAGACAUUUUCCUGAAAUGGGAGGCAUGUAUCAAAGACUGGCUUGCUUUUAAACUAUUGGUGUCCAUACAUCUUUCCUCUUAUAGGAAAUAAGGCUACUGCAGGAACAGAUGACUAGGUUUGCCUCACUGAGUCUAGAGUAGAAGGUGCCAGGUGAUUCAUGUCCUAUCAUAAAUUUUGUAGUCUCUUUUCAUUGAAUUUGGGAAUUCCCUCCUUUCAUAAAAACAAAUCAAAAGAAGUAACUUCUAUGAAGAUCAUUUCAUCAGUUGCUUCUGAAUAUAGAGGGAUCUGGGUGGAGAAGAGGGGGAGAAAAUUGAUCAUAUCCACACAGGAGAGCAGCCAUGUUUUCUCUCCAUUAUGUGAUUCCCCUGCUAAACAGGACCUCCUUGCAGCAUCAGAAGAACCCUCUGGAUGUGAGCAGCCCUGGACAGAGCACGUGAGGAGGGGCCCUGGGCUAGCAGCUUGCUGGAUGGGAUUGGCUCCAAGAUGGGAGAUGAAGUCUAAAGGGUUUAUUCCCACAAAGGAAGUAACCCUCAAGGGUUUAAAACAAACUUCCUUUUCAGGGGAUAGCAGCUGAAGAGUGGAGUGAGAUGCAUGGAACAAAUUUCCCCAUGCAAAAUGGGAUGGUUUUCAUAUGUCAUACCCUCCCUGCCUGCCGCUGUCAUUUAAUCAUUCUAUACUUCUGAGACUGGUGUGAAUAUCCCUUCAUUCUAAAGAAGGGGCAGUUUAUAUAAAGAAGCAAUAGACUAGCACAUGUUGCAUGCUGAGCCAAAGGGCACUCCUGGCUAUCGCAGUUCUGUAGCAGAGCCCUGGUUCAGGUCUAAGGCAAGCACAUGGUUUGGCUUAAACUGGUUCUUAGGUUUUCUCAGAACUCAGUUGAGGGUGGGCAGAGAUAGCCGGUGCUCCAGGGCUUAUUGAAUGCCUGUCACCUGUUCUCACUUCAGUGCAGCGUGUGGCUUCUUAGCCUACAACGUCUUUCAUGUUCCUGGAGAGCCGGAACAUUCAUGUCCACAGGGUUUGGGAGCUUUUGGUUUUCUAGGGUAUGGUAACUGCUUAGGAAUGCACCCCCUACAUAUCUGAAGAGUUUAUUGCUGAUGGUCUUGGCCUGUUCCCUUCCAAAUCUUGAUAGUCCCUACUGUUGCUUUACCCGCUAUACUCAGUCCAUCAGAGAAAAAAGCAAGAGUGCCCUGUCCUUUCCCCCAGUGCUAGUAAAAUGCACCUUCCUUUUUAAAUUGGGUCAGUUUCUAAACAGAAUGAAAUUGCCCAGAUAAAAAUCCUUGUCCCCAUCAGGCACCACUUCAUUCUUAGUUCUUCACUUAGAUUUGCUGAACUUUUGUUGCUAUGGUUGCUGCAGUAAGCCUCACUCAACCUGUCACUAUGAAUGCUCAUCUUUUGACUGAGUAUAUCAUAUUCAUGUUUGAAUUCAGGUAGAAGUACAGUUGUCACUUGAAGGGAGUAGAUGUGGAAGGGAGUUUGGGGAGGGCUGGAAAGUGGGGAAAGCAAGGCUAAAGAAUGAGGGUUAUAGCUUUAGCAAUGUUGAUGAGCCACAUUUCCCGCAUAGAUCUGUAGCAUUUGCUGUUGACCUCAAAAUUUUGAGAUGAACUCUCCCAUAGGCCCUGCCAGGCAGCACUGAGACAUGGAGGAAAUUCAGACAAAAAAAUGGCUCACCCUGAUAGGGAAGGAGUGGCUAUAUUUUAAAUUAAACUUGCUUUUUCCAACACUGUGAGGUUUCUGUAAUAUUUAGCUUUUAUUUGGAAGCGAUAGCGUAUGGCAUUUUUUUAUGCUAUUUGGUUUAUAUUUCUACUGCAGGCUUCUUUGUAUAAGCUUUGCCUGGGCUCACCCUCUCCUGGACACUGUUUUAAAGUGUGAACACUGUCCAUGCUGCCAGAGGCUCUGAUGUGAAGCUGUACUCUCAAGAUCCACAGUUUUAAGUCAGUAUGAUUAGUAAUGAUUUUUUGUGGCAAUAGAGAAGCCCAUUAACUCAAAAACACCAAGGAGAGUAAAAAGGAAAGGAAACUAUGAAUCGUGCCUCAUCUUUCAUUGAAUCUUAUAUUUAUUAUUCUAGAAAAAGAGAACUUACGAGAUAGAGAAGAACUAAUAGAGCAUCUACUUUACCCCUCAGGCUGUCCAGUGGGGAUAAUUAUUAAUAAACAUUUAAUGGAAAAUUCAAAGAUCUUCCAAUUUAAUUUUUAAAAAGUUUUAUACCAAAUAUUAUAAGGAUUUAUUAAGCAGAUUAAGGACUUUGUGAAGUAAGUACUUAACUUAGCUGAGCACAUAUAUAUCAAAGUAAUAAAAGAAACUAACAUCAGAGUCUCCACUGAGCUACACAUUUGCGAAAGGUGCGCACUGCAGUUACAGACACCUCAGGUACCCAGAGGCAGCAGCACUAGACACUUAAGAAGUUAGUAUUAAGGAGAUUUCUAUUAAAGAAGAAUUCCCUGCUGCAUAAGCCAAUGGCUAUUGUGAGGGAAAUGUCCCUUUGCCUUUAAUUUAUUUACAUAUUGGGUACAGAUGAAUGUCUCAGUUGCAUCUUAAAUUAAAUUGAAUCAUUCUAAAGAGAAGAAAAGAAGAACCAGGUAAAAGCUGACUAGAUGCUGCCAAAUCAAACCCAAGGUCUCCUAACCGAACCUUAAUGGGCCCACUUCUCUCCCAGGGCAAGUAGUUAAGAGUCUUGUUCCAGUAACCCUUUGUAGUCAGUUGGCUGGCAUGUUUACUUGCUGCUGUAGCCAGCCAAGAUGAGUGCACCUAGGCCCUCAAAAAGGAUUUUUUUUUUACCUCAAUCUAGCCUGACCCUCAUAUUUGUGGUUGCCUCUAAGACGAACAUCCAUGCUAGUGUAAAAAUAAUUAGGAAUGGCCUUGGUAGCCAGGAACUGAAGCUCUUAUUACAUGGUGGAUGGAGCUCUUGCCAGCUUUGAUCCAGCCCCUCAAUCUUGGAGUUACGGGGCAGGGUUGGGGGGCAGUGCUACACUGUAAAGAAUUUCCAGAUGUUUCUUAAAAUGUUAUGAAUAAAAUUGGAAACUGUAGAAGUGUUAAUGUGUCCUAUGGACUCAAUAGCAGAGUUUAUUUUUGUUUUUAAUGGCAAGGCUUCUAGAGUCAAUGAUUGUAUGAGUUUGCUACUCUGGCUAUGCUUACAGCUCCAUCCAAGUACAAGGGAAGAACCAAUGAGGUGGAUUGGCUGGCAGCGGGGCAUGCCCCAGCAUAAGCCCUAGAGAUGUUGACAGUAGUGCAGAAUGAACACUUGGUUGGGGAUGGCGGGUGGGGGGUGGGAGUUGGGUGGGUGGGCUGGGAGGGAUAAAUGGAGUUUGUUUUACUUACUGAUAAAGCUUUGUGAACUAAUUUUAUACAAUUCAUAAAAUUUGGUGCCUUGUACUCGAUUAUGGUUUGCAUGGAAUUGAAGAUUAAGGGAAAGGAUUUCUUCUUAUCAUUUCAAGUGGCAAAUGGGUCUGUGUAGUGUUUAAAGGACAUCUGGUAUCACAGACUUUUAAAAAGCAUUUCAUAUCUCUUGUCUGUGAAUGCAAAUUAUUCUUACCAGCAAGUUCUGCAAUUUUGUUGUAAUGUCCAAAUUCUUUGUAUUUGUGACUGUUCAUCAGAUGGCUGCUUUUCAAAGCAGACUGUGUACCCCAUUGUUUUUCACUACCUUUAUCAUAUUCCAUAUGUUAACUUGGGCCUUUCCAAAUCAGGCUGGGGGCCUACUCAGAUAGGGAUAUAGUAUACAUUUUUUCAAAAA